AUGGAGAGGCGGGAGGACCCCGUGAUCUUCGUGGAGGAGGCGUCGCAGACGGCGCCAACUGGAGCGGGCCAAAGCGUCCAAUCAGCUGCGGCGCCAGAGCAGCCAUCCAGGGGCGAGCCAGCGGCAGGGGCCGGCCUCGAGCUCAGCAGGGCCCAGGCCUCCCUUCGCGCCAAGGAAGCCGAGUACAGCGCCUUGGUCCUGGAGCGUGACCGCCUGGUCAAGAAGUUGGCCGACCAGGAGGAGAGCCACAAGGAGGCCCUAAAGAAGGCGCAGGACAACGAGGACGCCCUGAAGGCCGAGUUUGAGACCGAAGCGGCGGGCUGGGCUGAAGCGAAGCAGGCGCUGAGCGAGGGCUUCAGCCGUAUCGAGGAUCUGAUCGACGACUACUUUCCCGGCUACUCCGUCUUCGCCACCCAAUCCAUCGAGGCCCAUCGCGAGGUACGCCGGGAGGCGGGGGCAAUGCAAGCUGCUCUGGCGGAUAUUGAGGUUUUGUCUUUUAAACGUGGAUAG